ACGACAGUACUAUCGCAGUUAUCGAUCGCUGCGAGUCGCGCAAUGGUAUCCUUUGAUAGUAGUGGUGUUCGCACUGGGUUCUGACAAAAAUUCGAGUAAAAGGGCGUGUAAAAUGUACAAACGGCAUAACUCGGGGACUCUCGGGUUGGCCUCGGAGAUGCUUCCAAGAAUAAUAAGUGUUAGAGGCGUAAGGGUACCGAGGGAAUAUAACCGAGUGGCUUAGCCGUCGCAUUACAUACAGAGAUGUCUGCGCCCUGAGAAAACGGACUGACGGACAGACAGACGUCUCUGUCAAGUUUUUGUGACUCCCGACGAAAUGGUCAUUGUAAAUAUCGGGAACUCUCCGGAGCGUGUUCUCUAGCUAGUGCGCGUUAUUCUGUCGGGUGCGUGAUACCUUGUACCAGUGCUUUGAGAUGUUUUCGUCGCCGGCGUCAGUGGUGGGCGAGCCGUCAGGCUACGACUUUCAGAAAGAGGAGAACGCCGCCAAGUGGAAGGGAGUGUUUGUCAACUCCCUGCGCAAGGUAUUGGAACAAGUACAUCCUAGUCUUGAAGCACGACAAGAUGCUUUAGACUAUGUUGAGAGUUUGAUCUUAAGGCUGUUGGGUAUGCUUUGUGGUCAUCCUCCUCCACAUACACCUCAAGAUGUUGAAGAAAGGGUAAGGCGCACGUUUCCUACUCCCAUUGACAGAUGGGCACUUCGUGAUGCAAGAGAUGCUUUAGAAAAAGGGAAAAAGAAAUCACCACUAGUUCUUCCAGUUGACAAAAUUCAUCAACUAUUACAAAAAGAAGUAUUACAACAGAAAAUUGAUUUACAAGUUAGUCUUUUUGUGGUAGGAGUUUUGGAAUAUAUUUCUGCUGAUAUUUUGAAGCUAGCUGGAAACUAUGUGAAGAAUAUACGCCAUGUGGAAAUAUCUUGUGAAGACAUAAGAGUUGCGAUGUGUGCAGAUAUGGUAUUAAUGGACUUAUUUUAUCAAGAUGAUUAUGCGGAGGGUCCACAGAGUGGCUUAGGUGCAGUGGUUUCCCAAACUUAUGAAGAAUCUGUCCGGGAUCUCAUACAUGAUGAACGUCACUAUUUGCGUGAUCUCCAUAUGAUCAUUAAGGUAUUUCGAGAAGAAAUUGCAAAGUUAGCACAAGAUAGAACUGAACUGGAAACACUCUUCAGUAAUAUAAUGGAUAUUUAUGAAGUCACUGUAACAUUACUUGGUAGUUUAGAAGAUAUAAUGGAAAUUACAGAAGAGAAACAAACGCCUACAGUUGGCUCUUGUUUUGAAGAGCUGGCAGAAGCAGCAGAAUUUGAUGUUUAUAUAAAGUAUGCAAAAGACAUUAAUAGUCCAGCUAGUCGAGAAGUUUUAACAAAUUUAUUGUCGAGACCUGAACCUAAUGCUGCAUUACGAGCAGCAGGGCAUGGAUUUAAAGAAGCUGUAAAAUAUUAUUUGCCAAAACUUUUAUUACAACCGAUAUGGCAUUGUUUUUUGUACUUUGAUUACAUAAAGGUAUUACAUAAACGUACACCAAAUACAGAAGAUGGUGAAACUUUGGAACAAGUACAAGGUCUUUUAAGACCACUGCAGAUGGAAUUAUUGCAAUCUAUGGCGAGUCUUCCAAAAAAAGAUACAGGUCUACGAAUGCAAAGUAGAGCAAGGCGACAAGCAGCAUUAGAGAAAACUAGUGAAUUACAAAAAACUGUUGAUGGAUGGGAUCAACGAGAUGUUGGACAGUGUUGCAACGAAUUUAUACGUGAGGAUAUGUUGGGAAAAGUAAGCAAUGGAAGGAGGUUAACAGAGCGAAAGGCUCUUCUUUUUGAUGGUUUAUUAGUUCUUUGUAAACCUAGUGGUGGCAAAAGAGUUAGUGUUACUGUGGCAGCAGUUGGUGUAGUAGGUCAUCCACCUCAUCAAGGUGAAUUGCGUUUAAAGGAAAGAUUUUUUAUUAGGAAAGUUGAUAUUAUAGAUAGAGAGGAUACCGAAGAAUUAAAAAAUGCCUUCGAAAUUGCACCAAGGGACCACCCUAACGUUAUUCUUGUUGCCAAAUCCGUCGAAGAUAAAAAUAGUUGGAUGGCGGAUCUUGUAAUGUUGAAUACAAAGAGUAUGUUAGAAAGAACUUUGGACAGUAUCCUUUUGGAUGAAGAACGAAAACAUCCUUUAAGAUUGCCUCCACCACACUUAUAUAAAUUUGCCGAACAAGAUGGCCCAGAAAAUAUUGUUUUAGAGGCCAGAGAAAAUGGUGGUGUUCCAUUAAUUAAGGGUGCAACUUUGGUUAAAUUGGUAGAAAGAUUAACUUAUCAUAUAUAUGCUGACCUAGCUUUUGUACGAACAUUCCUUACUACUUAUAGGAGUUUUUGCUCACCUCAGGAACUAUUGACUUUAUUAAUUGAAAGAUUUGACAUACCAGAUCCUUCUUUAGUUUACGGUGAAGAAGAAAAGCCAUCUGGUUGUAAGACAACCGCCAGAGAAGAUUGGAAGAGAUAUAGAAAAGAAUUUUGUCAACCUGUGCAAUUCAGAGUUUUAAAUGUUUUAAGACAUUGGGUCGAUCACCAUUUUUAUGAUUUCGAACGUGAUAGAAAUCUUUUAGAAGGGUUACAAGUAUUUCUAGAUACAGUAAGCGGAAAGUCAAUGAGAAAAUGGGUAGAUUCAGUGAUAAAAAUUGUACAGAGAAAGUGUGAACCCUCUGAACAACGACCUAUAACGUUUAGUUUUGAAAGAUCUCCACCACCUAUUGAGUGGCAUCUAAAUGUUCCUGAAGAAGAGUGGGGAAUAUUAACGUUGCAUCCAAUUGAAUUAGCAAGGCAGUUAACGCUUUUAGAGUUUGAAUUGUACAGAACUGUAAAACCCUCAGAAUUGGUGGGUUCAGUAUGGACUAAAAAAGAUAAAGAAAAGACAUCUCCAAAUUUACUAAAAAUGAUAAAGCACACAACAAACUUUACUCGAUGGCUUGAAAAAACUAUAGUAGAAGCUGAAAAUUUAGAGGAGCGAGCAGCAAUUGUAUCGCGUGCAAUUGAAAUUAUGAUGGUGCUUCAAGAUCUUAAUAAUUUUAAUGGUGUAUUAGCAAUUGUUAGUGCUAUGGGAUCUGCAUCUGUGUUUAGGUUAAAAUUCACAUUUCAACAAAUUCCUGCACGAUUGGAAAAAGCCCUCGAAGAAGCACGAGAAUUGAAUAAUGAUCAUUUUCGAAAAUAUCAAGAAAAAUUACGAUCCAUUAAUCCACCUUGUGUACCAUUUUUUGGUAUGUACCUGACCAACAUUCUGCACAUUGAAGAAGGAAAUCCGGAUUAUCUACCGGGGAGUCCAGAACUCAUAAAUUUUAGCAAACGACGGAAAGUCGCGGAAAUAACUGGCGAAAUUCAACAAUACCAAAAUCAACCGUAUUGUCUUUCUGUGGAGCCUAGAAUAAGGCACUUUAUUGAAAACUUGUCGCCUUUCGAUCCUAAUAUGAAAGAUGCAGAUAUAAGCAAUUAUUUGUAUAAUAAAAGCUUAGAAGUAGAACCGAGGGGAUGUAGGCAACCACCUAGAGUUCCCCGUAAAUGGCCAGAUUUAAACUUAAAAUCGCCGGGCAUUAAAGCUAGAAGCUUAAGCGGCAAGUUACCAGCUCCACUGCAAGCUGUAGCCUCUAGUGUAAGAUUACACGAUCCUCCACCGGAAGCGCCACCGCCAGAAUUACCGGAGACACCUCCACACACUUCACACAUCACAGUUUCUCAUAUAGGGGACCACAGUGUCUUUGCGCCUGUUUUAAUAGGUCCACCUCCAGGUUCACCAGGUCCUCUAAGCAUGUCAGGACUUUCAAUCAGCUCGCCAGGUAGCAGCCCUCAAUUGGGAUCUCCUGGUCAUUUACCUGUUCCUCAUCAUCAGCCACAAAAUAGUCACUUUGGCUUUAAUUCCGGUACGAUCGGUGUAGUGGGAGCUAUGACUGGUAUGUCAUCGUCGGGCGGAAGUCCUGGUGCAGCAUUGCCGCCUCCACCAUCUCCUAGCCACAUACCCCCCAGUCAACCUCCGCCACCUUUACCGCCUAGAUCUCAUAGAAAACGGGAGAGUUCCAUAAGCGAGUCACAGCAACAGACAAGACAAGCUCCAAAUGCACCAAUACUUCCUCCAAGGGACGGUACGUCUCCGCCGCCAUUGCCGCCGCGAAGAGAUUUACCUCCAGUUACGUUACCGCCUCGGCUUCCUACCUUGAAUCCAAGUAGUUCGGCACUACUCGCAAGGCGGAAUUCCACCUUGGAAAACACGUGUUCGAGCACUGUUCAUCAACGGAGACACAUGUCUUUCAAUGGACCCAGUCCUACGUUACUUCCGCCUACGCAACCCAAUGGAUCGGUAACGCCAAGACUACCACCAAAACCAUUGCCGGGUCGUCCGCCAACCACCAUGUUCAAUUUCAAUGCUCCUCCUGGACCUAGUUAAGUGUUACAUUUUCCUACCUCUUACCUAAAUUAAUACACACCUUUUGGAAAUCGAGAUUUAGUCCACUCAGGAGAAUUAAUUGAAACGUGUAAGUCUCCAUAAUAAUAAUCGAUUCGACAAUGUAAAUCGACGCUGCUGCGUUACUUUUUUCCGCACAAGAAGACACUUUUCCGGUACGAACAGAUUUGUAACUUGGUAUUAAUGUAUUUAUUGUGGUUUUUUAUUCGGUACUCAAAACACGCAUAAUUAGGAAAAAGUACACUAAAACAGACGAUUAUUUUAAAGAACAUGAGGUACGGCCCAUGUGUGAUGAGAUGCUGUUACAUUCCUUUCGACGAUUUGUCUUUUAAUGCGCGUGGCACUAUUUUUAUUAAAAGUUUAUUUUUCGAGAGGAUAUAGGAUGUUUUAAUGCAUAUAGUAUAUUUUUAGAGAUUUUUUUACGAAAUGACUGUAUAAUAGAUAUAAGGCCUUAUAUCCCAUGCAAUUGAAUGUAACUCGUUUCAAACUAUUUAUCCAGAGGAGUGUCCAAAGAGUAAGAUUUGUACAGAAUGCCUAAGGAACAAUGUAUUAACGUUUGUUGUUGAAAUCUAAAAUAUUUUUAUAAAUUAACGGUACGAACAACGUUUGACAAUUUUGACGUAUUUCAUUCUUUUUUAUCGGAUGUGCGAUGCAUAAACGUCUUUCUAUGUUUUACAGUUCAAGUGAAAUGUAGAAUGUGCCUAGUAAACUUUGCGAGUCACGCCUAAUGUAUUAUUGCUAAAAAUACUAAGUUGUAGAUGGUAAUGAUAUUACGACACUUUCCACUGCAACUAUUUCUGAGAUUACCUACAUAACGUUAUGUUAAAAACGCGGAAGAGAAGAGAACAAUUGUAAAUCUCCAUAUUGUCUUUUGUUAACGAAUAUUGUACAUCACGGGUGAGUCCAUCUGGCGAUUCAUGUUCGGAUCACGAAUCGCACAAGAUGCUGAUCUCCAAUACGUUAGUACAAAAGCAAUACUCUCCGCAAGUGUGUGCGUUAUGGUAGGACAAAUCUUAGUA